GGUACCUUGCGAACAUAAACGUCAAUUUGUGAAGGCGUUGAUGCAUUAGACGAAAACGCUCUUCAACCCCAUUUACCACUUAAUUCGUCAAUAUUUAUAUUACUUUUCGAUAAUUUUCAUUAAAAUUAUUUAUUAUUAACCCCCCGUUAAUCCACACCGAUCGUCGAACGGACAAUGAUGUUGUUUAAACGUUGUUUUCGUCGCAAUAAGGAUUAGUGUUAAAAACAGCUUAAGCACGUUCAAUUUAAUUUUUAGUUAAUAAUUAGUGAGAAGUGAGGUAGAGAGACACAAGGUGCAAUGUCUUAUCCGGGAAGACCGCCGAUCGUGCAAGGAUUAGCGAUGCCCCCGGGCAUGGCUUAUAUGCCCAUGACGGCUCCGCCACAACCUCUUUUGCCAUCCGUAAUGCCCAUACAGCACAUGGUUCCUAUACAGGUUACGGCUACACCACAAAUACGGGCUUAUCCUAAACUCAAUCCUAAUCGUGAGCAGCUUAAACAAGUUCAAGGACCAGCUGUUACUGUAUUUGUUGGAAAUAUAACAGAAAAAGCUCCCGAUAUGAUGAUACGUCAUAUUUUGGGGGCUUGCGGCCCAGUAAUAAGUUGGAAACGAGUAAAAGGAUUUGGAUUUUGCGAAUUUGCGGGUCCUGAUGCUGGGUUGAGAGCCGUGAGAUUACUUCAUGAUUUAAUGGUUGGUGAAAAAAGAUUAGUUGCAAAAGUCGAUGCUAAAACUAAAACUAUCUUAGAUGAAUACAAAGCGGAACGUCGUAAAAAAGAAAAAGGUUCAUCGCCGUUACAAGAUGAACGAGAAGACGAUGAAGAAGAAGUUUUGGAUGAAGAAACUUUGUCGUUAGAUGCUAUGGCGAAAGAUAGAAUUAAACACGUCCUUGACGAAUAUAAAGAUGAAAUGAAUAAUUUUGAAUUAAAAAAGGAAGAAGAGGUCAUUGAAAAAAGGAAUAAAAUCCUCGAUGAAGCUGAUGUCGAGGAGGAGAAACGCGACUUGAUCACACGUGAAAUCGGCAAGUUUCGCGAAAUAAUGAAAAGACAAGAAGAAGAAAAGGAAGUCAUCAGACGGAAGGAGAAGGAGAGCAGAAAAGAUCGAUCCACUUCUAGAUCUGUCAGCCCAAAAAGAACACGGGAAAAAGAGGAGAAAAAAAGGCGACAUUCGAGAUCCAGAUCGAGGGAUAGAGAACGAAGUCGCGAACGUGAAAGGGAACGCGAAAGAGAACGCGAGCGUGAAAGAGAACGAGAACAACGCGAAAGGGAACGAGAACGAGAAAGGGAGCGAGAACGCGAAAGAGAUCGCGAUAGAGAUCGCGAUGAAAAGUCUAAAAGUACGAAAGAUUUGCUUAAAGAGAAAGAAAUGGAAGAGGAGGCGAAAGAAAAGAAAAAGGCGGAUAGAAGAGCGCGCGAAAAAGAAGCUUUAUAUCAAGAAAGAUUAAGACAAUGGGAAACGAGAGAACGGCGGAAAUCCAAAGAUUACGAAAAAGAACGUGAAAAAGAGCGCGUUAAAGAAGAAGAAAGAGAAAAAGAAGCUAAAAGGUUGAAAGAAUUUUUGGAAGAUUAUGAUGAUGAUAGAGAUGACGUUAAAUAUUAUAAGGGUAGAGAAUUACAAAAAAGACUGGCAGAGCGACUCAAAGAGGAAGAAUCCGACGAAAGAGAUAGGGUGAAAGAGAAGGAGGAAAUUGAAGAAUUAAAAAUGAAAAUAUUUUCGGGUGAAUACGAAGAUCCUAAUGCGGAAUUUGAAAAGGUGAAAAAGGAACGAGAAGAACAGUACAAACCAAAAUUAUUGAUUGACGUUAAUAUGGACUAUUGGAGACAAAAAGAAAAAGAAAAGGAGCGAGCUUUGGAGAGACAGCACGCGAGGGAAAGGGAUAGAGAUCGAGAAUUAGAACGAGAAAUGGAUCGACAAAAAUAUAAAGAAGAAAGAGAAAAGUUUAUAGCUCAACAAGCAGCACAAGAACUCGCCGCUGUUGAAACAGAACCAAUUGACAGUGAUAGUGAUAUGGAUGAUAAUCAUUUUAGUCCACCCCCACCUGAAGAGCCUCACCCUGAACCACCCGCAGCCCAAUGGACUCAAGUGCAAAUAGAUGAAGAUUCCAGACAAUCAACGACAUCUAAUCAUAACGAAGAACCUCCACCGAUAACCACAGGAACAACGAUGAAAAUAUCGUUAUCUAAACCAAUAGUUUUUAGUCCACACGGACAGCGUGAUCCAAAACGAAGAAAAUCUGAUUUAAAGGAUGUCUUUAAUCCGGAUGAAGAUGACUCAGCCCCUCAAAUUAAAAAGAGAAAAUUGGUUCCUCUCGAUUACGACGACAAUAAGAAAGGGAAGAAAGAUAAAGAAAACGGGGAAAAGAAAUCGGAGGAUUCGAUAAAAUCUCAAGAGGAGAAACGAAAACAUAUUAAAUCGCUUAUAGAAAAAAUUCCUACAGAAAAAGAUGCGUUGUUUGCUUAUAAAUUGGAUUGGUCGGCGAUAGACAAUAAUUUGAUGGAGAAAAAGAUUCGCCCGUGGAUAAAUAAGAAAAUUAUCGAGUAUAUAGGUGAACCGGAACCGACGCUUGUUGAUUUUAUUUGUUCGAAAGUUUUGGCGGGGUCGCAACCUCAAAUUAUUUUGGAAGACGUUCAAAUGGUACUGGAUGAAGAAGCGGAAGUGUUUGUCGUGAAGAUGUGGAGAUUGCUAAUUUACGAAGUCGAAGCGAAAAAAUUAGGUCUCGUUAAAUAAACUGGUCUGAAAAUGCGUGACUCUGUAACUUUUGUGUUUUGAAAAUAAAAUUCGAUUAUUCAGAGUAUAAAAUUUUAAA